CACCAUUAUACUAAAUUAUAACGCGAUAAGGUUAAUCCCUUGUUGAAAACAAUCCCUCAAGCCUUCGUGACGUUGCAGACGCAGUCUUAAAGCGGAGUGCGCGCGAGUGGAUGGCAGUGAUGGCGCGCCUGUUGCUAUUGGUGUUCGUUGCCGGCGUGUGCGCAGGUCAAGAUGGCAUCACACCCAAACCAAGAAAGGUUCUCGAUACCAUCAUGAACCCAGCUUAUAUCCCGGCCGAAGAAAAACAUGGUUCCUACUGGAAAAAAGCAGCAAAGACCACCAUCAAAGCCAAAAUAGCAGAGACACUAAAUACCAAUAAAGCACAUAAUGGUAUAUUGUUUGUUGGUGAUGGGAUGUCCCUGGCUACUGUCAUGGCGGCGAGGACCUUCGGUGGGCAGCUGAACAACGGGUUGGGAGAAGAAAACGUUUUGGAGUUCGAGAGAUUCCCUGUUACUGGAUUGGCUAGGACUUACUGCCUCGACGCUCAAGUCCCGGACUCUGCCUGCACCGCCACAUCAUACCUAACUGGCGUAAAAACUAAAUACGGCGUCAUCGGGCUUGAUGGCAACGUCACGAGGGCCGCCUGCAGCUCACAGCUUCAUAAAGGGAAUUGGGCUACAUCUAUUGGAGAGUGGGCGCUGGAGCAAGGAUUGGAUGUUGGUUUCGUAACAACGACGCGUGUAACCCACGCCUCGCCGGCGGGAAUGUACGCGCACACGUCGGAACGUAACUGGGAAUCUGAUGUGGACGUUCCCGACGAGUGCCUGCAGCUCGGCUGUCGAGAUAUCGCGCAUCAGCUGGUCAUGAACAACCCGGGACGGCAGUUUAAGGUGAUAAUGGGCGGAGGCAGACGUGAGCUGCUGCCCAAGAUUCAGAACCCGUUGGUGAAUAGCACUGGUAGACGGUUAGACGGACUGGACCUCACAGAGUUGUGGCAUAUUGACAAGACGGAGAAGAACGUGACGCACCAGUACGUCACUGAUAGGAGCGAGCUCUUGAAGGUAUCAAACUCUGAGGAUCUUCCCGAAUACCUGCUCGGGCUCUUCCAAGACGACCACAUGUCCUACCACCUGAAAGCCGAGAACCAGCCUACACUGGAGGAAAUGGUCGAGGUGGCCAUCAAAAUGCUGAGCAGGAGUCCCAAAGGAUACUUUCUGUUCGUUGAAGGCGGCAGAAUAGACCACGCGCACCACGACAGCCUCGCGCACCUCGCCCUCGAUGAAACCGUGGAAUACUCCAAAGCGGUUAAAAAAGCCAAAGACCUGACCGAUCCAGAAGAAACCCUGAUUGUGGUGACUUCUGACCACGCCCACACUAUGACCGUAGCUGGUUACCCUUCUAGGGGUAAUGAUAUAUUGGGGGUUGUGGAUACGGCGUCUGGAGAUGAUGGGAAGCCAUAUACGACGAUUAGUUAUGCUAACGGGAAGGGGAAGUCGAUAGGGGAUGAUGGGAAGAGGGUGGAUGUGACUUUGCACCAGGCGUUUAUGGCACGCGAUGUCAGCUACGUAUACCCCGGCCUAGUCCCACUUGACUCCGAAACGCACGGAGGCGAGGACGUAGCAGUUUUCGCACGAGGACCUUGGCAACAUCUCUUCACCGCCAGCUAUGAGCAAACCGUCGUCCCACACCUCAUGGCUUACGCCAUGUGUUUAUCAGAAGACCGGCAUGAAAACUGCAGGUUAAAGACAAGGUUUGGACGGUUGUACCCGUCUAGUGCGGUGUUGAAUAGACCUAGUUUGGUUAGUUUAAGUAUUUUGGCUGUGAUUGUUAGUGUUAAGUAUUUAUACUAUUUAUAGUUUAGGUUUAAGGUGGUAACGAGUAGUUGUUGUAUUUUGGGAUUAUGCUGUAGUUUUACUAAAGGUAAACUGUUGUUUGCCUUUCUAUUCAAGAAACAUUAUACCGAUAGCAUAAUAUUGUCCUUUCUGUGACAUUUCUAAUUGUACCUGAUUUCUCAAGUUGUGUAAGUUUUCAUAGCAAUGUUUACUGUGGUAAAGACUAUACUUACCUGUACGGGUUGUUAUUAAAUAAGAUUUCUCUCUUUCAUUUCUGGUAACCACUACUAUAAUAAGUACAGUGAAAGAGAGAGAGAGAGAGAGAUAGAGAGAGAGAGAGAGAGAGAGAGAGAGAGAGAGUAACAAUAAUACACUUAUUUUGGGGUUGUGCUCCUGAAUGUCAAAAAUAGUACAUAUUUUUGUGGUUAUACUAAAUUUCCCCAUGAGACUACAGACAAAAUCGCGAGAAAUAACAAAUAGACACCUUGAAUCAAAUAUAAAGCACCCAUAGCAUAAUGUUGAAAUGCAGCAACUAGGUAUACAAUUAGUAAUACAAGAUCCCUCACAAUAGGAAAAAAAACAACAAAAUAAAUUUAGGUAUACGGAUGGUGUACAUCGCUAUUUUUAAGCUCUAUAUAAUAUUUAACAGUAUUCUAUUUCAUAUUAAAAUAAACUUAAAUAAGCCGUAGCAGUUCAGUAUAGCGUUUAGUAAUUCAAUAAAAUACUUUUUUUUUAUCUUCUCGACGUACCUAGUUGUAAAAUGUGUAAAGUUCUAACAUUUAUAUAUAUUUUUUUUAAUAGGUAAAAGAUCAAACUAACUAUUGUUACUGUUAUAUAUUUCAAUACUUUCCUGUUUUUACUUUAUAGACAAUUUAUGUACCUAUAUGUAUAUAUAUUUUACCGUACCCGUUUUUAGUGAAACCGCGUUUUACCUACUACUAGUUUUCUGAAAAAGUGUGGUCAAAACUAGUCACAACUUCAAAACAAGUUUUCUUUAAAAAGUGCGUUGGUGAAAACAAGUUUUAACUAUAGUAUAUUUUCAUUACAAGUAAUUUUCACGGUAUUCUGCCACAGGCAGACACAUAUUUACGUACGAUGACGAGCGAAGCGAGUCAACUGUGACCAAACUGCAUGCGAAGCCGAGCGAUUGAAGCGAGCUUGCCGCUGCAGCGUCUAUCGAGCACCAGAAUCGACUGUAUUUUUUGUUUUAUAAUGUUAACUUUAAAAAAAAACUUUUGUAGCUAUGUCUGUAGGAACUCAAACUAGGCAGUCAGAACUAUUUUUCCUUGAAAUUAAUUUUUGAACCAUUAAUCAAAAUUAGUUAUCAACUAGGCACUGCGAAAAGGUGUACUUGUUUUAAAUAUCGUUCGCGCGUUUUCCUCAAGGCGUUUCGGAAAACAAGUUUUAUGGUGGUAACAUAUAUAUUUUUGCAUUAUAUUGAACAAAAAUAAAAAGAUAACGUGAGGGAUCAAACACAGGCUGUUUAGUACUUUAACUUUAUUGUAAAUAGUUCCUCCAUUAUAAUUUAUAGAAAAUUUAUAUAUUUAUGAAAAACUAGUUUUAAGUAGAAAAAUAAUGACAUGUGAAUACCGUCCUUAUUCCAAAAAUAUUGUAAUAAAAUGUGUUUAUACCAUAGGCGAAUUAGGUAUGCAAAAUAGAAACUGUGUAAUCUGUGCAUUUACUUACCUACUUAGGGCCACUUGCCCCAUCCCAUUAACACGUCACAUCCCGUUAACCGGUUAACCCCGUGUCAAAUUUUACUGGUAACCAUGGUAACUCUAGGUUUAACCGGUUAACCCGGUGUCAAAUUUUACUGGUAAUCAUGGUAACUCUAAGUUUAACCGGUUAACCCAGUAUAAAAUAUUAGUGGUAACCAUGCUAACUCUAGGUUUAACCGGUUAACCCUGUUUUAAAUUUUACUGGUAACCAUGGUAACUCUAGGUUUAACUGGUUAACCCUGGGUUAGUCAUUGGUACAAGUGGCCCUUUUGUAAGGGCUAUUAAGUAUUUGAAAAGAAAAAAUCAACAAACAAUACAAAUAACAGUAUAAAUAAAAUUAUGAGAACCAA